UCAAAGGCAUUUUCGGUCUCAGCACAGCCAUUGGCAGCUCGUUCCCUGCCACCUGAAUCGAUCACGUCCGCCCCGAGCGAUCCGUUUCCGCAUGGCGACACCCGACAUCGACAAGUCGGCUGCCUCGCCUCCCGUCUACAGGGGGAAGAACGAUGCCCCAGGCUCGGAAAAGAACGCACUCGGCCGACAGGACAGCCAGGUCGAGUCGCUCACGACCGUCGGCGAAGGCGAUGGCACGCACCGCAAGCUCAAGGCCCGGCACAUACAAUUGAUCGGCAUCGGUGGUACGAUCGGCACGGCGCUUUACGUUCAGAUUGGCAGGUCUCUGCUCCAGGGCGGCCCGGCCAGCCUCUUCAUCGCCUUCUCGCUCUGGUGUACCGUCAUCCUGGCAGUGACAAUGUCUCUCGCCGAGAUGGUGACGUAUCUACCCAUCUCGUCACCUUUUAUCCGCUUCGCCGGCCGCUACGUAGACGAGGCCUUCGGCUUCGCCGCGGGAUGGAACUUCUUCGUCUUCGAAGCCGCCCUCGUACCGUUCGAGAUUACGGCGUGCAAUGUCAUCAUCCACUUCUGGAGCGAUUUCGUCCCCGCUGGUGCUAUCAUUGCUAUCGUUCUCGUCCUGUAUGGUCUCAUCAAUGUCUUGGCCGUCAAGUGGUACGGCGAGUCCGAGUUUUGGGCCGCGCUGGGCAAGGUCUUGCUAAUCGUCGGGCUGAUUCUAUUUACCUUCGUCGUCAUGCUGGGUGGGAACCCGCUGGGUGACCGAUUCGGCUUCCGGUACUGGUACGAACCCGGCUCGUUCGCUGAAUUUUACACCACCGGGACCCUUGGUCGCUUCCAGGGUUUCAUGCAGUGCCUGAUCCAGGCCUCCUUCACCAUCGCCGGCCCGGAUUACGUUGCGAUGGCUGCCGGCGAGGCUGAGAAUCCCCGCGCGGUCAUGCCCAGGGCCUUCAAUGCGGUCUUCUACCGGCUUACGACGUUCUUCAUGCUCGGGUCUUUAUGCGUGGGCAUCUUGGUUCCGUACAACGACCUCGAGAUGACUCAGGCAUUUAACGAGUCCAAGCCCGGCGCAGCAGCGUCCCCCUACGUGGUCGCGAUGAAUCGGUUGGGAAUCCCCGUCCUGCCACACAUCGUCAACGCUAUGGUCCUUACUGCCGCCUUCUCUGCUGGUAAUAGUUACGUGUACUGCGCAUCUCGUUCGCUCUACGGGCUAGCUCUCGAGGGCAAAGCACCCCGAUUCCUCACAAAAUGCACCAAAAAAGGUGUCCCCAUCUACUGCGUGUUUUUGGUCUUAUUGAUCUCCUUAUUGGCCUUCUUGCAAGUGAGCGAGAACGCAGCCGUCGUGCUGAGCUGGUUCGUCAGCUUGGUGACCGCGUCGCAGCUCAUUAACUUCUCCUCAAUGUGCGUGACGUACAUCUGCUUCCACCGGGCACUCAAAGCGCAGGGUAUUAGUCGCGAUACGCUGCCGUACAAGGGGUUCUUCCAACCGUACGCGGCCUACUAUGCCUUAUCGGCGACCUUCGUCAUGACAUUUGUAGGCGGCUACACUGUAUUCUUACCGGGCCGAUGGAACGUCCCGACAUUCCUCUUUUCGUACACCAUGAUUGGCGUCUGCCCGGCCCUCUUCAUCGGCUGGAAGCUGAUUCACAAGACCUCGUUUCAUAAACCGCAAGACGUGGAUCUGUAUAAGGACGUAGCUGCUGUCGAGGACUACCACAAUAAAUAUGUCCCUGCGCCACCCAGAAAUGCGUUUUCCAAAUGGUUCAACUGGCUAUUUAGCUAGGUCUGGGGCAGAUCCGAAAUAUCGCCUAGAGAAGGGUAGAAUGGAAGAGGGUGUGAGUGGGUGGAUGUGUGAAUGGUUGAGUGAGAGGCCGAGCAUGAGAGUGGAAGAACGACGAUGAGGAUGUGAGAGAGUGCGUGCGUAUGGGUGAGCAGGCGGAUGACUUGACUGAGACAGAGCAGGCGUUUAGUAGACUUCCAGCAUCGAAGGUGUCUCUCGCACCACGCGAGGAAAAUAGGAAAUACACAAAG